GCGACCAAGAUGGCGGACUGAACGGCUGUGUCUCGCUAAAGAAGUUUCACGUUUACGAUCUAACAUUUUUGUAGACUCACAGAGAUUCGCCUUGUCUGAAACUCACGAAACAAAAGUCGAGUUUGUAUCGAGGGAGUGUUACGUGAAGUGAAGCUUGAAGACGUGAUAGAAGAUGGACGACUACUGCUAUGCUAAGAUGGCGACGUCAUGUAAAAGAGAAAGUGAAAGAGAAUCCGCGCCACCCAGGAAAACUGCAGACAAAGACGAGCGAGGUGAAGUUUCCAACAACGUCAUUUUGGAGGCAAUCUUAAGCCUUGGAAAGAGCGUUGAUGAGAAAUUUUCCGACUUUUUUAAACAAUUCAAUCAAAUAACCGCCAUGAUUGUUAGCUUGAAGAAGGCAGCGGAGUUCACAUCAGAGGAGAUGAAAGAAUGCAAAAGUCAAAUGAAGAAAGUGGAAGAGCAAAACAAGCGCUUGUGUAAAGAAAAGAAUGAUGUGAAAGAAGAGAUGUUGGGGAAGAGUAAGAGAUGUGAAGAGAAGACUGGACCACAUGUCUACAUCAACGUGCAGAGGAUUGGAGACGUCCAGCAGAAAAUUGGUCAUCCGGACGAACUUCCCCCUCAGUUGCACGGGGAGAGUUCCACUUUAAAGAAGGAGGCUUCCCAGCCCCACCACCCUAAAGGAGAAGAGGAGGAACUCUGCAUCACUCAGGAGGAAGGGUGUCUUUUAGGACCACAGCAAGCUGAUCUCACCAAGUUGCCACUGACUGUUGUGUCUGUGAAGACUGAAGAUGACGAAGAGAAACCACAACCAGACCACCUCUUAGCUCCACUAUCAGAUAGAGAGGCUGGAGACGAGGUUGAAGUAACUUUGAGCAGCGAUACAGACUGUGAAGGUGAUAUGAGGACUCACGCUGACAACAAACACUCUGAAAGUUCUGAAAAGAAGAGAGGUAAAAAACGUUUAAGCUGCUCAGUUUGUGGCAAAAAAUUUGCCCGAAAGAGCCAUUUGGCUGAACACAUGGGAACACACACAGGCGAAAAAACAUUCGGUUGUCAAGUUUGUGGUAAAAGCUUUUCUCUCAAGACCUAUUUGACCAGACACAUGAGAAUGCACGCUGGAGAAAACCCAUUUAGUUGUUCGGUUUGUGGUAAACCUUUUUUUUCCAGGCUGGGUUUGACUCGACACAUAAUGAAACACACCGGAGAAAAACCCUUCAGUUGCUCCGUCUGUGGCAAGCGCUUUUCUCAAAGGGGCCAUUUGACUGAACACACGAGAAUCCACACAGGAGAAAAACCAUACAAGUGUUCAAUUUGCGGCAGGAACUUUUCUCGCAGGAGCGGUUUGACUGGCCACAUGAGAACGCACACUGGAGAAAAACCAUUUGUUUGCUCAGUUUGCGGUAAAGGCUUUUCCAUCAAGUCCUGCUUGAUAGGACACACGAAAACACACACGAGAGAAAAAACAAUUAAUUGUUGAGUUUGCGGUAAAGCUUUUUUUUUACCAGACAGUGAAACACACUAGAAAAUAGCAUGCCUGUGUGGUAAAAGAAA